AUGCAGAUUGUCUGGCGCAAUGAGCCCGAUAUGGCCGAGUAUGAGGCCGCGCGGUGGAGGAGAGUGUUCAACCAGCGCCGGCCGGAGCGGUUCCCUCGGGCGGUGGUCAGAGCGACCUGCCAGGCAGAUGUUAUUGCAGCCGUUCAGCUCGCCAUCAAGCUGCAGGUGAAAGUGGCGGUGAGGUCCGGAGGGCAUUCGUUCGAAGUGUGGAGUGUGCAGGACGACUCCAUCUUGAUCGACCUUGGCGACUACAAGGGGGUGGAAAUUCGUCCUGCCGAGGGGACCCUGACUGCAACACCCAGUACGACGAGCAAAGAGAUCAAUGAACUGCUAGCCGUGCAUGGAAUGUUUUUCCCCAGCGGUCACUGCCCGGAUGUGGGUCUGGGAGGAUUCUUGCUGCAAGGGGGAAUGGGGUGGAAUUGUGCGAAUUGGGGCUGGGGCAGCGAGUUCGUCGAGGGGCUGGACAUCGUCACGGCUCAGGGGACACCGCUCUACUGCGACUCGCAGCAACAUAGCGAUCUGUAUUGGGCUGCCCGGGGCGCCGGACCAAGCUUCCCUGGACUCGUGACGCGCUUCCACCUGCGGGCGAUGCCAAGUCGCCGGAUUUGGUCGUCAGGCUACAUCUUUCCCGCGGCGCUGUAUCGAACCGCAUUCACCUGGGCAUUAUCCCUUGAGCUCGAUGCCGACACCGAGAUCACCGCCAAGGCCUACUACCAGGAGUCACAGCUCUGCUUCUCAGUCUUCCUGACCACCUUCGAGGGCACACCGGGAGGGGCGGCGAAACUCCUGACGCGCUUGCACGCGUCUCGCCCGCGCGGGACGCUCGUCGAAUGGUGCUGUCAGCCCGAGACGCUCGACAGCCUGUACGAGUCUCAAGCUCGGUCUAACCCCCAAGGACACCGCUACGCCACAGACAACGGACUGAUGGGGAAUGAGGUCGACGUGGUCUCGAUCCUGGCGGAGCCAUUCCUGUCACUGCCCCACCCGAAGUCCUUAGCGUUUUGGACUUCCAUGCAGCCCUGGAGCCGGCGGCGCCUGCCUGACAUGGCGCUGAGCCUGCAGGCGGAUCAUUACUUUGCCAUCUACACGGUGUGGGAGGACGAAGCCGACGAUGACCGGUGCCGGGCGUGGUUAAAACAGGCCAUGCGGCCGGUCGAGGGGGCCUGUAUUGGGGCAUAUCUCGGUGACUCGGAGUUUGCCAAUCGCAUGUCGCAUUACUGGGAUCCCAAGAGCACUGUCCACCUGAGGCAGGUGCGGCAGGCCUGGGAUCCAGAGGGUCGAAUCGCUGGAGGGUUUCCGAAUGGGACUGAUCGAUCCGUCUGCCGGGAUGAGAUGGGAGCACACCACCACCAACACCCGCUACUUGUUGGGGUACCAGUAGAUGGGAACAAACAGAAUGAUUACUCGGAAUAG